GGAACAUGGAACCUUUAGGAGGGCUGCGAUCUACUCGAUCCAAAAGUUUCACCACCCACAAUCAUUUGCGCCAUCCCCAUUGCACCUCUCUCUCUCUCAUGGCUAAAUGGAUGAUGAUCUAUUUAACAUGCACCCGACCUUUACUUGCUGCCUGCAUAUAAUUCUGUUCCUCGCUUGCUUGCUUCUCCUUACUUAUUUAGCGACUCCUCCAUCCUCUUCUCCAUCAUCACCGCCACGACACAAGCACAAGCAAGCAGGCACACUACUGGUUGCUGGCUAGCUUAGACAAUUCUCUUGCAUAAACUACCUCUUGGCUCUCUCGGCAAAGGAUCUAGAGCAGCACCGGGAUCUGCGCGCGCGCACCAGCUUCGAUGGGCCUCGAUGUCGCGGAAAUCUCUGAAUUGGCGGCGCUCCGGCCGAUCCAGACGGCCGUGAGCGGCGCCCGAGCCACGGCAGUACCGGGGGAGGACGACGGCAGUGCCGACACCGGCUGCGUCACACCAACGGCGAGCGGCGCGCAAUCGGCCAUGGCAGGGGGAGCAGACGAUGGGGACGCAGCCGCCGACACAGGCAGCGUCACGCCGAGGGCGAGCGGCUGCAUGGCCAUGCUGGCAAUUGCGCUGCAGCAAGACGACGGCUUCGCCACGCCGCUGGCAACGGGUGGACAAAUUGGGCCGCGAGACGGCUGCGGAGCGGGGGCCACUGCCGGCGACGAGGGCAGCUUCACCACGCCUACGACGGCCGACAGCGCGCUGGUGCCGGCGACGGUGUGCCCACCGGCGCCUCGGAAGUCAGCACCGGUGCCGACGAGGAAGCGUGCGCCGCUGCAGCAGCGGCUCUUCUACCCGGUGCCGCGCGACUUGACCACCGUGUUCGUGGCCGUGCCACAGCACCCGCCGCCGGCCAAGAAGAUGCGGGCGCACGUGGUGGAAUCAUCUGUGCCUCUAGGCACGUGA